UACCGUCCAUCGCUCGGGUUGAGUAGUUCUUUGUGGUGUUUGGAUGCUGGUUAGUGCGUCUCUUCAUAAAGUUCAAAACUUUUUUCAUUGUGCUCCUCCAUUGUAAGCGAAUAUUCCAAUUUUUGUGAUACUUUUCUCUGUUAAUUAACACGUGAAGAACUGUGAAAUUAGGCUCAAGUGAACGGACAACGGGUUGCUUGUUCGGUAAAGAUUGUAACGAAUCGCGACGUGCUAAAAAAUGAAGCAAGUUUAGUUGAGAAAUUGUGUGACGAAAAAAUUGCAAACGUGGUUGACACAUUCAACAGCAUCUUCCAGCGCCGCCACCCGCGACUCCGUAUUUUCUUUCACCUUCUCUGGAUGGACUCCGCUGAAGAUAGUGGUGUUGGUGGAAUGAAAUAGCGGCCAGUGAUGAUUAAUUUGAUUAAAAAUAAGUGAAGUGAAGAAUAGUGUAAACAAACCGACCCCCACACUAUCGCUAUUCGGUUCGCCGGGAGGGCACCAAAUGCCACCGCCGCAAUGAUGUUCUUCCGCGGAGGCUUCAGCGUUCGGCGCAACAUCUACUCGAAGCUGAUCCUGGUGCUGAUUGUGGGGCUGUUUGUGUUGUUCUACUUCAAGAACUUGAAUGGCAACGGGAACGCGAAUAGUAUCCCGCUGGCAAACGGGCUGGUGGGAACGUUGAAUCGGGGCAACUUGCUGGCGGUGGUGGGCACCGAUGGCCAGGAUAGGAUUUUCGAGCAACUGGUGCUGGCUGACCUUGCCAAGCAGGAGAAAGGGUUGGGCGACAGGGGCAAAGGGGUGGAUCUGAAAGGAGAGGCAAAGGAGAUCGGUGAGAAGCAAUUGGCCACGAUUGCCUUGAACGAGGAACUGAGCGAACAUUUGAGCUACAACCGGACACCUCCGGAUGAGAGGCAUCCGGCUUGCAAGAGGAAAACGUACGACAUCGGUAAUCUGCCGUCCACCAGCGUUAUCAUAAUUUACUACAACGAACCAUACUCGGUGCUGGUGCGGACAGUUCAUAGUGUGCUGAACACGGCCGAUGGCCGGCUGCUCAAAGAGAUCAUUCUGGUGGACGACGGAAGCACCAACGAGGAGCUGAAGGGGAAGCUCGAUUACUACGUCCGGACGCGGCUGCCUUCGAAGGUGAAGGUCUUGCGCCAGCGAAACAGGGUUGGUCUAAUCCGAGCACGGCUGGCCGGUGCCCGAUUUGCCAAGGCAGAUGUUCUGGUAUUUCUGGACGCGCACUGUGAGUGCAUGCCCCAGUGGCUGGAACCGCUGUUAGAGCGCAUCAAGGAAUCGAGCACGAGCGUCCUGGUGCCCAUCAUUGAUGUGAUCGAGGCGAAGAACUUCUACUACAGCACCAACGGGGUUACCGAUUUUCAGAUUGGUGGCUUCACGUGGGACGGCCACUUCGAUUGGCAUGAUGUGACUCAGCGGGAGAAGGAUCGCCAGAAGGGCGAAUGUCAGGAGAAGGAUCUAGCCAUCUGUCCCACCUACAGUCCGACCAUGGCCGGUGGGCUGUUUGCCAUAUCGCGGGACUAUUUCUGGGAGAUAGGAAGCUACGAUGAGCAGAUGGACGGAUGGGGUGGGGAGAAUCUGGAGAUGUCGUUUCGGGUGUGGCAAUGCGGAGGCACACUGGAGACCAUUCCCUGCUCCCGAAUUGGGCACAUAUUCCGAGAUUUUCAUCCGUACUCAUUUCCCAACGAUCGUGAUACUCACGGAAUCAACACCGUUCGAAUGGCAACCGUUUGGAUGGACGACUACAUCGAUCUCCUGUAUCUGAACCGGCCGGAUCUAAGGGACCAUCCGGAGGUAGGCGACGUAACGCACCGGAGGGUGCUUCGCGAAAAGCUCCGCUGUAAAAGCUUCGACUGGUACAUGAAGAACGUGUACCCGGAAAAGUUCAUUCCUACGCGGAACGUGCGGGCUUACGGCAGAGUAUCCUCACAGGCAGAGAACCUCUGCCUGGAUACACUGCAGCAGAACGCCGAUAAACCCUGGAACUUGGGUAUCUAUACGUGCUUCCGCACGGAGGUAUCCGCUUCGCAGUUGAUGUCGCUGACGAAGCGGGGUGUUUUGAGAACGGAACGUAGCUGUGCCACCGUCCAGGACAAUAACGCCGAAACGAGGUAUGUGGUCAUGAUACCUUGUAUAGACGAUGAAGACAUCGAUGACACGUGGCGGAUAACGGAGGAUCAGCAGAUGAUGCACAUUCCGUCCGGGUUGUGUCUGGAUAGCAGUGAUCUGUCCACAAAAAGUUACGUCCACGUGGCACCGUGUCUUCCGAGGGUUCGCACGCAAAAGUGGGAAUUCCAGCACUAGCGUCCGCAUGGGGUAGGCGACGAACUGUAGUAUCGUGGGGGGAGAUAACAGAGAUCUGUAUAUUUUUGCUAUUUAUAAGAAGGGACACAGAUUACCUCGUUUACAGUCAGAGAAAGUCUGUAGACAACACUCUUCCCAAGAAGGGUGAAAUAAGAUGUUUUAAGAAAUGAAACGACAGCCGGGACUGUGCUGCAUUACACCGAAUGUCGAUUCCCCUGGAGUCAUCAAGGCGAGCAUUUAGAGAAGUGCCAUUCGGAAUAAGAUAUCACAGUCCAACAGAAGAUUUACCGACCGGUAUGGAAUUUAUAAGUGAGACGCAAUAUGUUAAACUAUGUAUAGACAAAAAAGCGAAUAAAACCCUUAGCUAGGUUAUUAGUUAGAUAAAGAAAAACACGGAACUGGACGAAAUAUGAGGUGCAGCAUUUUGUAACUCCUAAAUCGAGUCCAAGUUUGUUGGUAGAAAAAAAAUAUAUAUCGCGAAGUCGUCUUAAGCCAUUCCCUCCUCUUCGAUAGUAAGUGCAAGUGCGGCAUCUGGAAUACUGUGAACGGACUGACGGAGUUGAAAUUGACAUCACUAGAACUUACAAACUAUAGACAUAUUUAGUUAGACUUGGCUAGACGCAGCUCUUUGCGGAUAAACAACGCGACAAUCUCGCGAAAAAAAACAAAUUUACUUACUUAUUGUAAUGUGUAACAUCGAGCCGGUAGCAGUCGGAAAUGAAAUCAAGAGUGAACGAGAGAUAAUAAGAACUAAUAAUGUGAUAUAAUAGCGAAAACAACCGGGCCGGCGCGGUAUGAAUGAAAGAUAAACACGCGGAUCGCGAGCAAGCAUCAAGUGUGGUUACAGUGAUAUUCGAAAGGAUUACCACCAACUGCAACAAAAGAACUGCGCUUACGUAUAUAUAAACCUAAGUAAUAAGUUACUAUUAUUGCCGUCUGUCGCGCGGGUUCCUAACCGCGGAGGGAGAUUGCAAAUUAUAAUCGUCAUCGUUUCGGUCGUUAUUCGUAGUUUAUGCUUUGUGUUGCUGUGUUACGGAAGAACAGUUUUAUGGUUCACUCCGCGCCGUCACUUGUUGGACUUCAUGUUUCAUGACAUCUGACUUUUGAGCCUCAGGCGAAAUGAUUGCUUUAUUGUUGUAGGGUGUUUAAACGCCUUAAAUUGUCUGUAAGGGCAAAGUUACUUCAUAUAUGGAAAACAAAAGGGAAAAAACCUAGAUAUCAUAGGUUUAGGAUUUCCUUGAGGUUUUUGACACACCCCCAAGUAACCAUGAGGCUGAAGCAGCAUGGUUUGCUUAUUGGAAGGCCUAUGCAAACUAUUUUCCUCACCGCAUUAGAUAAAUAUUCAUCCAUUGCAAGCUUUCCACGAAUAAGUGUGAUAAAACGAGAAAGAGUUCUCCAACAAAUAUUCAUCUGGACGAAUUUAUCCAACAACAAUUGAUAGAUGUGCUUUUGCAAAAGUCCCUCAACAACUUUAAUUACUUGUCAUAAGACGAGUUUGUACAAUCCCUUUGAAUUCCACCAUUUCAUUGUAUCUUGACAGAUACGUAUUUCGACCUCAACAGUAAGGCCGUCUAGUCGACUAAGUCGAGUCAAGUACGAGACACUGAAGACGGCCUUACUGUUCAGGUCGAAAUACGUAUCUGUCAAGAUACAAUUAAGUGGUGGAUUUCAAUGGGAUUGUACAAACUCGUCUUAUGACAAGUGAGGAUAUUCCACUAAAAAGCUCAAAAUAAUUUUCUUAUCAACUUUAAUUAGUAACAGCCGAAAACGUUAAAUGGCGGAUACAAACGCAUCUCCUCCCGCACGGGGCGACACGAAAUUGUCCAAUAGUACUUAUGAAAAGCAAGAAAACGGAACCAAUUAAAAAAUAGUAAACUCAAAUGUUGCCAACUUACAAACCAACAAAUAAAUUUACGAAAGCUCAUUCUUACAAGAAGGAAUAGAAAUCGAGACUUAACUGUAACAAUAAUAUGUAGUCAUUUUGGCAUUCUCAAUUAUCUCUAAAUUAUGCUUCGUUUCGCUGGAGUACUUUCUAACACCGCUUGUUUAGCUAGUUGUUGAAUCUUAAAGUGCCACAAAAAAAAAUGAGAAAACUUAAACCAUUUAAUUUAGAUCUGUAAGUCCAAUUCGGAACAAAAAUUAAGUUAAAAUGACGAAACAUCACACUAUGUGGCCCUCAACCGUACAAUUCAGUUGCUCUUUCUUCUUAUUUUAUUACCUAAUGUUCACAUAAUCUAAGAUGAUCCUUUCAUUGGUGAUUAUGAAAACGAAACUGCUCAAAAAUCUCCUUCCUCGUGUGCGACAACUUUGAUCGCAUCAAUGAAUCUUAGAUAAAAUAAAUUGUAGUUUAUAAUAGUCAUCAUUUAACAUUAGGAUUCUUUUGAAACGGUCAGUUACAACACGCAAAUGCUUUAAAAAACCAUAAUUUACGUACCGAAGUGUUUUUUACACUUCCACAGUCUGCGAAAAACUGUUGAUUUUUAACAAAAAAAAAGUUUUAUUCUUCCAUGCAAAUAGAAAUCAUAAUCCCGAAUAGUAUAAUUGAUGUGAGUAUGGUUUAUUACUUACGAAAAUGAAUGUGAAACAAAGCUCACUUGUGGCAGACGUUAUGUUUCCAUGAAUCUGGUACAAUAAAUUGAGAGCAACUUGUUUAGGAGGAUGUAUCCACGGAUAUUAACGAUGCAAAGCAACUACAUGUGGAACUGAGAACAAGAAACAGAUAUUUUUGUUAAUAAAUUUAUUUGUUUACAUCUUUAAUAUGGA